AUGUCAAGCGGGAACGCCAAUGUUCAACAAUGCUUGAGCAAUAUACGGCUUCACACGAAAAAUAUGAAGGAUAGCCUCGCUGAAGGCCACCUUCUCCCAGCAUUGAAGUAUUGCCUGAAUUUCCUCAAUGAAUUGAGAACUUCUCAGCUUUCUCCUAAAGAAUACUACGAGUUGUACAUUGCGGUCUUCGAUUCCUUGGAGUAUCUUUCAACGUAUCUAAAACAAUCGCAUGAACGGAAGCAAUUGAAGAAAGAUGACCCUCCAUUCUUGGCGGAUCUCUACGAAUUGGUUCAGUACCUGGGCAACAUCGUCCCCAGGUUAUAUAUGAUGAUUGUUAUUGGUACGACGUAUAUGUCGACCAACAGUGAAAGUACAAAGGAGAUAAUGAAGGACAUGAUCGAGAUGUGUAAGGGAGUCCAACACCCGAUCAGAGGUCUUUUUCUAAGGAACUACUUAUCGCAAAGGUCAAAGGAUCUUUUACCGAUUGAAACGGAAGAGGAUUUUGAAGACACUGUGGACUUUCUCAUGACAAACUUCAUCGAGAUGAACAAACUUUGGGUGAGGCUUCAACAUCAAGGCCAUUCUAGCGAGCGAGAAUUAAGAUAUAGGGAAAGGAAAGAACUUAAAGUUCUAGUCGGUUCUAAUUUGGUUCGUCUUUCGCAGGCAAUAGACGACUUCCCAGCCAAGGAAAAGGAUUUUGGCGAGAACUUCUACAAAGAAACAAUUUACCCUAACAUCACAGAGCAAAUCAUCCAAUGCAAGGAUCAUCUUGCACAAAGUUACCUUAUAGAUGUGUUGAUCCAGAUAUUUCCAGACAACUUUCACUUUGCCACAAUCGAUGAUUUACUCAAUAAUGUGUUUCUUAAACUACACCCAGCUUUGCAAAAGUCUGAGUUGGUCUCGAACUUGGUUGAUCGUUUUGUCACAAACCUCAUCUACGAGUCCGAUCUAAACGAAGCCACGAAAAAUACGGAAAGUUUUGGAAAAGGAGGCGAAUCAAGUACAUCUGAGCCAUUUGUCAACGCUGAGCUGGUUUUUGAAUCAUUCUGGGAGUUCUACGACAACCUCUCUCAGUUGCAACCUUCCGUUCCAUCGGAGGAGAUGUGUUUGAUUCUUCGGUCAAUGAUCAAACUCACACUUAACUUCCAACCUGAAAACUAUUUCAACCUCAACAAGAUUUUUGAAUUUGCAAUGCAAACCUUGAAGAAGCGGAAGACUGGAGACGAAGAGACCAACGACAGGUCUGAAUCGAGCUUGUGGUACGAGCUUCUUGUUGAACCUGUCAAUGAGCUGAGUUCAAUCAAGAGCUUACUUCAAUUGGAAAACUUCAAGCAACUUUACGACCAGAUCCCAGACCCACACUUCAAAAGGCAGCUUUCACUUGUUAUCAUCGAUAAACUUCUUCAUCUGCCCGAGUUUGGUUCCAUGAAAAGUAUCGAGGAAAUCGAUGACGUUUUCGCUUACUUCAUUGUUCUCAUUGAAGAGCAAGACUCCAAAGUGGAUACCCAAAAAGAUUUGGGAAUCAAAAAGUCCAUUAAACUUGAAGGCGGAGAAAAGGUUGUAAGCGAAGACUUUUUGCAAAGACAAGAAAAAUUGUGCAAGUGUUUACAUUUGGUAUCCCACGCAGAUGCUACUGAUGCUUUGUCUAGCCUUUUUUACAUCAAGAAGAAGUUUUUGAGCAGAUGCCCCGAAAACAUCAUCUACACUUAUCCAACUUUGAUUUCCAUGAUAACUAACCUUUUGCGUCUUGCGGGAUACAAGAAUGCCAAAAGAAAAUCAAAGGAUACAGAAUCUAGAGCUCAACUAGACCAGCUGAUAAUCUACAACUUCAAGAAUUUGUCAGUGGUGAUUGAGGAACUCUAUCAACAUCAUCAAACGUACUACUCAGAUUUGGUUCUCAAGUUGUACCUCAAUGCGGCCACUAUAGCAGACCAAUUGCAACAAGAAACCGUUGCAUAUGAGCUCUUUCAUCAAAGUUUCGUCAUCUACGAAGAGAAUCUUUCUGUCAGCAAACCUGUGAAAAAUGCGCCAAGUCCCCAAGACCCGAUGGGUGGAUCAAUCUCCUACCAGCUGGUUUUAGCAAUUGCAAAUGCUUUGGCGAACCUGCGCUAUUUCAGUAAGGAAAACUACGAGUCAUUAAUUACCAAGGUCACUCUUUAUGGCUCAAAGUUGCUUAAGAAGCAGGAUCAGUGCCGAGCCAUCUAUAACUGCGCUCAUUUGUGGUGGUGGUGCGACUCGUUGAUCGAGGGGCAGUCACCCACAGUUAAAGUCGAGGACGGCACGGAUGAUUCACAAGCUGCUAAAGAAGCCAACGGAGAAGGGAAACAGGAGCAGGAGAACAAAAAUGAGGAGAGCGAGAAAGAUGAUCAUUCUGAUGCUGAGGUCGAGACACAGCUAUACAGAGAUGGCAAGAGAGUUCUUGAAUGUCUUCAAAAAGCACUCCGUGUGGCCGACUCGAGCAUGGAUCCUUUCCUCCUGUUAAAGCUUUUUGUCGAAAUCCUUAAUCGUUGCAUCGUCUUUAACAUCUACGGUAAUUGGUACAUUGACGCGCGGUACAUCAACGGGCUUAUCGACUUGAUUCGCAAUAAUUUAGCCAACCUCCAAGGUCAAGAUUCGUCCCGCACAGAGGACGACAAAGAGACGAGGCUCUAUCGCUUGAUUGAAGUUUAUUUUGACCGUACCUUGGAGCAUGUCGCCGACCAGCAGCAGAGCGAGGGACGCCUUGAGGGAGUUGUUGUAUAG